AUGACCAUUCACUCCGAUGCCCGCACAACAUUGACGACCGUCCCGACUCCACCAGUCACGUCGUCACCCAGGUUGCCGCCAAGUGCAGCUGGCUCUGCUUCUACCGUCUCGAUCGGUAGGGCAGCCGAGCAAGAAUCAGCGGUCAUGGCCAAGCUCGGAGGGGAUGUAUUCACUGCGACAUUUGGCCAUUCCGUCUCCAGCGAGGAUCUCGACGAUUUCCUGAGGACGACAUAUUCAACCGAGGCAGUGCUUGCCGAGUUUUCGGAUCCCAGCAAAUCAUACCUGGUCGCGCGCAAUGGCGAAGGCAGUGUCGUUGGCAUUGCCCAAUUGCAGCACGGCAAGACCCAUUCAAGUGUGGAUGGAGCUGAGAACGAAAUCGCAGUCAUGCAAAAGGUCUACGUUGACUCGAGUAUGCAUGGUCAGGGAGUAGGCAGUAAGCUCAUCCAAGCGAUAGAGGACCUCGCCCGGGAAAAGGGUGUCAAGAAGCUCUGGUUGACGGUGUGGGAGGAGAAUGUCAAGGCGCAGAGACUGUAUCAGCGACUUGGCUACGAGAGAACCGGAGAGAUUGACUUUGCCACGGGAACGUGUAUACAGACGGAUUACGUUCUCACCAAACGACUGUGA